AGGAAGUGAGAGACAGGCAGACACUUCUGUUCUUCCUGCAGAAAGUGCUGCUUCUGUAGUAACUCGUCAGAUGCUCCCCAGAGCCCAGCACAAACCCGGCUCCACCCACUUCUGUGGGUUGGCCAAAUGAGUGAGAAACACGGGCACAACCAACGAGAGGGAGCUGAGGCCGGACCCAGGAGUCUUUUUCCUAUGGUCCUGCCUGAUAUAGUAACAGGGAAAGAGAUGAAUAUGACGCAAUGUGCUCUUGUAAUGGAGCAUCACAGAGCAGGUCAAAGACACAAGCCACACAGCGACGAGUGCAGACAGGCAGGGCAGAGCACAGCUGCAUCCCCACCAGGUACAUUUCAGGUGCUCAGCAGUGCACUUGUGCCUUGUGGCUGCCUUCUGGACAGCACGGAUGCAGACCGUCUCCAACCAUCCCAGAGAGUUCCAUCACAGGCACCGAGCCGAAACUGGCCAUGGUGAUGGAGCUGCCAAGAGGGUGAAGCCCAACCUCACUUUGGUCAACAUGGUCAACGUGUCAGGGAAGGGUAUCCAGGGACAGGUACCCAGGGGCAGGUGCCCAGUGGCAGAAAGGUCUUCAAGGAACCUCCCUGCUCACAGGCACUUUCUCAAUGUCAUCUCCUGCCUCCCAGCCCAAUCACGCUCCAUCCUGUGUUGGCUCCUCUCCUCCACUCUGCCCCAAGCCUGAAGCCAUCUGUCCUUCCUCUAAGCUCCAGGAGUCUCUGGGAGGUGUUUAUGGGUUAACUCUGUUGAAAUGCACAGGGAUUGCUCAGAAUAAAGCUCACCAGCCUUUGUUGGCCUGGAAGC